AUGAAAUCUCGCUACAUUCAGAUUGAUAAAUAUAUGAUAGACACCCAAAAAUAAUUGGGCAAAGGAAAUUGCGGAACUGUUUAUUUGGGAUUCUAUGCUAAAGGAACUGGAGACGAAAAAAUCUUUUUAGCCAUUAAGGAAAUACCUGUAAAAGCUUCACCUGAAGUAACGGUAUCGCUUUUACAGGAAAUCAAUGUGUUGAGAAAAAUAAAUCACUCAAAUAUUGUAGGCUUUAUAGAUGCAAAAAAAAAUGAAGAAUUUAUGUAUUUGGUUACGGAAUACUGUAAUCAAGGAGCAUUAGAUGAUUUUAUUUUGAAUCACAAUCUCUCAGAAGAAGAUGUCGUUGUAUUUUUCAGAUAAAUUGCAGCAGCUUUCAAAUAUUUAGUCAGCAAAAAGAUUAUUCAUAGAGACAUUAAACCAUAGAAUUUACUAUUACAUAAUGGAUAAGUAAAAGUCGCUGAUUUUGGAUUGGCUAAGGUCAUGGAUCAAUCGAAUUAGAGUGGAAAAUUUUAAACUUUUAGUGGUACUCCAGUUUUCAUGUCUCCCCAAAUAAUUAAAUAAGAAUCCUAUAAUAGUUUAAGUGAUAUGUGGUCCUUGGGAGUUACAUUCUAUUUUAUGUUAUUUAGAGAGUAUCCAUGGGAGGAGGUCAACCCAUUGAAAUUAUUAAAGAAGAUUCAAUAAAAAAUUGACAAUCUCAUUCCAGAAGGGUGUACACUGUCAGAACCCACUAAGGAUUUGUUAAGAAGAAUGUUGGUAAUAGAUGAAAACAACAGAAUUUCAUGGUAGGAUUUCUUCAAUCAUAAAGCAAUCAAAAUUGAACAGGAUCCAUAAUACACAUUAUCAACAUAAGAUUCAGUUGAGGAUUUGACAUUGAAUAAUUUUGUACUUUAAAGUGGAAGUCUUAGUUUAUCAGACAAGGAACAGGAUGAAAUGUAAGAAUAUGGAAGAAGAUAAACAUUGAAUUACUUGGCACAUUAAAAUAUUUUGAAUAGAGCCAGAAAAGCUAAAGAUCAUCUAGAAUUUGAAAAAUCGAUUGGAUAUUAUUUCCUAUAAGUGGCCAAGGAGUUGGAAAGUUAAAAAAAAAUUGAUUCUGUUAAUCUGAUACCUGAAGAUUUAUAUAUCAAAUGCAUGUUUCUUCUUUACAAAAGAAUUUACUGUGUUUUUUCAUCCUUAAAUUAGAUGCUAUUGUUUGAUUGUAAUGAGGCUGGCAUCAUUGAAAUUGAUCCCCAAGAUUGGCUAGAAUUGAUGACAUCUGAAUAUCACUAAAAUGAUUUAUAAAAAAUUAGAUAGAGUACUUAAAGGGAUUUUGAUAUUUCUAGAAAAGAAUUCAUCAAAUGGAAAGAGUAACUAUAUGAUGCCUAAUUUCAAUUGGAAAAGUUCUCUAUCAUAGAGAGAGGAGAUGCUUACAAGGAUAACAGUAUUGAAGAAAAUGAAUACUUGAUUAUGGCGAUAAAUGAUAAUUUUAAAGAAUUGUUUUUAAUUUUAGCUCAGCAAUUAGAACCCAUUUAUCAAUAGAUUUUAGAAACUCAAAAGCCUAUUAAUAAACACCAAAUAUACAAUGAAAAGAAGAUAGAUACAAUAUUUGUAUACGAUCUAAUAAUAUUCUUAUGUUUCAGAAAUAUUGUCAAAAAACCAUAAAUGGAUUGUUGCAUACAAAUUAAUUUUUAGAAAUACUAUGAAGAUAGGAAAAGAAUUGAGGAAAUAGAAAUCUUGCAUAGAAUUUAGAAGUAGUAUCAAGCUUGGAAAAAACAUUGA